AUGCAAAGAAAAAGAAUACAGAGAGAUUCACCGUUUCCACCACACCUCUCACAUGGAACUGGAUCUCCCUGCAAGGAUCAAUACAACAUUAAAGAUCAAACCCACAAAGAAAAUGAAAAUGGGUUUGUUGGGAUUUCCCACCUUGAAGCCGAGGAAGAGAGAGAGGGCAAUGGCAACGACGAGACUAAUGGUGACAAUGAAAGUCUGUGUAUCGACGAAUCCGCCUCCAUCGAAACCGUUAAGAAAGAGAAGGGAAGGGUGGAUGGUGAGCUUAGGCGAGCACUUAACACUUGCCCGAGACCACUUUCUAUGGUGGCUACUAAGUUGGGGUCUCGUUGGGGAAAGGAAGAGAAAUUGUGGGGUUGGGUCAGGGCGUUUUCUCUGCGAUCAAUCGACGAGAUGGGACACGACAAUGUGUGGAACUCUCAUCCCAAGAAGUACGGUCCUGGAUCUCGCACCUGCCGUGUGUGCGGGAAUUCCCAUGGGCUGAUCAGGAAGUAUGGUCUCAACUGCUGCAGACAGUGCUUCCGCAGCAACGCCAAGGAGAUUGGAUUCAUCAAGUACCGUUGA